CACUCAUAACAAGUCUAAAUAGUUUUUAAUUAUUAUUACAAAGGAAUAGUUCAUUGUUUUAGCCUCAACAUUUUUCUGUGAUCCCAUAAAACAUAAUGUAUGUACACCCCAUGAGUAUAAUGUAUUAUUUGGGCCCAUUUAAAUAAUCUAUGGACAAAUGUGAAAUACAAGCUGCAGCAGUAUUGCAAUGACAAUAACUGAGCAUUAUUUCAUGCACAUUCUCUGGAACACGAAAAAGAAAAUCACAGAGGACACAUCAUUGAGUCAUUGUUCAGUGUGUGUCCCCGUCCGGCCUUCACCUCCACAAUGGCUGCUCUCAUCUGAUUCAUCCAAAGCUGUAGAUGUGAUGAGUGUGGUCCAUUUCUGGGUCAUUGAGCAGUGUGCCAUACUGCUGCAGUGAAUAGAGGAUGGAGAGAAGAGAGAGGCCAUAGCUUUCACACCGCUCACCCCCAAAACACCCAAACACACACACACACACAUCACACUGUCAACCCAAAAUUCAAGUGCUGACACAUACACUAUGUCCUCACAAAGCAGCAGCAGUUCUCACAGAGCGUUGUCGGUGUAAGUACCCUGCAGCCAUUUGCCUUUUUCUGCUCAUAACCUGAGCAUUAUAUCCUCCAUAUGUAAUGUUAUCUAGGGAGAACUUCUUAUGAAGCAUAUGAAUACACACUGAUGAGCUGUGAGUGUAGAUUUGUCAGCUUUUUAUUUCACAGUUUGUGGUCGAUUCAAAGUCAACACUUUUUGUCAGUUCCACAGCUCCUCCUCCCACAUGCGUUUUCUUCAUACUCACAUGUAAUGUCCGACGUUUGAGACGAGUGGGAGCUAUAACGUCCACACAUCAGGGAGCAUGAAGUCGCCCUAUUUCCCAGCGAGGUCUGUGCUUUUCCACAAGGAGCCAAACGGGGUGACGUACAGAGUGCCGGCGCUGCUCUACCUGUCCCACUCCAGGUCCUUCCUGGCCUUUUGUGAGGAGAGACUCAGCCCGUCAGACGCCCAGGCUCAUCUGCUCGUCAUGAGGAAAGGCACUUUCUACAGAAAUUAUGUGGAGUGGGAGGACAUGCGCGUCCUGGGCUCUGCUUACCUGGCGGGCCACCGGUCCAUGAACCCGUGCCCGGUGUACGAUGAGUUCACAGGUACCCUCUACUUGUUCUUCAUCGCCGUCCUGGGCCACACCUCGGAGGCUUAUCAGCUGGUGACCGGCAAGAACGUGACCCGGCUCUGCUACAUCUCCAGCAAUGACGACGGAGACACCUGGACGACCGUCACCGACCUGACCAAGAGAGUCAUAGGAGACACUAUCAAAGAAUGGGCGACCUUCGCUCUUGGCCCGGGCCACGGUAUCCAGCUGAAGUCAGGCCGCCUCCUCGUUCCCGCCUACGCUUACCACAUCGAGUGCAAAGAGUGUUUCGGACAACUCUGCCAGACCACUCCCCACGCCUUCUGCUUCCACAGUGACACCCAUGGGAGAACCUGGCGAUUUGGCGAGGCGGUGCCCGGCCCGGAGAGCGUGGAGUGUCAGAUGGUGUCUGUGGACGAGGAGGAUGGGACCAACGUGUUGUACUGUAACGCUCGCAGCCCUCUCGGCUACAGGGUGCAGGCCCUCAGUCUGGAUGAUGGGGCUGUGUUUCAGGAGGGGCAGCUGGUGCAGCGGCUGGUGGAGCCUCGAAAUGGUUGUCAUGGCAGCAUUGUUGGGUUUCCUGCCCCGUUACAUGUGUGCCAGGGUCUUAACCAACACUCACACCAACAUACACACCGCUCCAGACACUGGACAUCCUGCACGACCAGCCCCAAUCAAACCAUCCCCUCCACUCCUGACAUCACUUCUGUCUCCACCAGCACUUUGUCACCUUAUCACGUCACUCCCCCAGAUUUCCUCACCCCCACCUGGGUAGUAUACUCCCACCCAACAUGGACCACUGCACGCAAGGAUCUGGGCGUGUUCCUCAGCCUGUUUCCCCGUGACCCGGACAGCUGGCGGGGUCCCUGGGUGAUCUACGAGGGCCCCAGCGCCUACUCCGACCUGGCCUAUCUGGAGCUGCCCCCCUCACCUGGAGCACCGCCCGCUGUGGCCUUCGCCUGCCUGUUUGAGUGUGGAGCCAAAACGGCCUACGACGAAAUCUGCUUCAGCAUCUUCACCCUGUACGAGCUUAUUGAUAACCUGCCGAGAGAUGGGCAGCAGCAGGAUGACAGUGACGGAUGUAAAAAACAGCAGAAUCAGGAGUGUGAGAGCGGUCGGAGUCGUGAUGCUAAACCUGAAACAGUUUUCCAGCCAGUGCCUCAUGUGAAGAAGAGGAGAAAGAAGUUGACUGAGAUGUGCUGUUUGUCUUAA